CAUUGGCAUCACUGGUACAGGUAAAAGCUUUUUGACGGAUUGUCUGCUACUGUUCACGUUCAGCUUCAGCUUCAGAAUCAGAAUGUAACAAUUUUUUUAAAUCGUAUUUAAAUCUGUGUUUCAUUGCGGAGGAUAAAUUGCAGUUUGUCUAGGAAACUUCUAUUAUUUAUUUGUUUUGAUAUUACAUUCCAGUGAACAAGUAAACAUGUAUAGUGAGAUAGGGGCGAUGGCUUGUAAACAUAUGUUUUUGUGUAUACUGCUGUCAAAUGUUGGAUUUCUGACUGGACUGAAAGUAGAACGAUACAGUUUACUCAUGCCAAAUGUAGUCCCAAAUAAGCCGGAAUUAUACCUAUGCACGCCCAUCAAAGUCAAUUACACAAAAAAUUACUAUAUUGUUGGUUUUGAACCUAAAGCUUCUAUGGAUGUAGCACAUCAUAUUCUCUUGUAUGGUUGUACGGUUCCUGGCAGCUCAGAUCCUGUUUGGGACUGUGGAGAAAUGUCUAAUGACAAUUCGGAUGAUAACAGAGUUGCUGCCAGUCCAUGUGAGCAAGGUUCACAGGUAAUCUAUGCUUGGGCAAGAGAUGCUCCGAUGCUGAAACUGCCAGAAGAUGUUGGAUUCGAAGUGGGAGGUCAAUCACCAAUCCAGUACCUGGUUCUGCAAGUACAUUAUGCACAUAUCGACAGCUUCAAAGAUGGAAGCACAGAUGACUCAGGGAUCUUCCUUCAUUAUACUGAAGAACCGAUGAAGAGGCUAGCUGGGGUGAUUCUGCUUGGCACAUCUGGUAUGAUCCCGCCCAUGUCAACAGAGCAUAUGGAAGCAAAAUGUCAAAUAAAAGAGAAUAAAACUAUUCAUCCUUUCGCAUUUCGUACACAUACUCACAGUCUAGGCAAAGUGGUGUCUGGCUACCGAGUACGAAGUGAUGAGAAUGGCGAUGAUGAAUGGACACUGUUGGGGAAGCACGACCCACUCAAACCUCAAAUGUUCUAUCCGGUCGAGAAUGAUGUGAUGGUCAAACCCAACGAUAUUUUGGCUGCAAGAUGUACUAUGGAAAGUCACAGACAACGGGUCACUUACAUUGGGGGGACAAACAAGGACGAAAUGUGCAAUUUCUACGUGAUGUACUGGGUGGAAGGAACGACACCAUUGGACCAGAAGUACUGCUUCUCAAGAGGACCUCCCUUCUACUACUGGCACCGAGAUGCUUCACUCAACCACAUCCCCCACCGGCGAGCUUCCUCUCUCAUCUAAGACAUCUCUCUCUUCUCUGACUAUUCCGUCUUCCUCUCACUCCUUCAUCCCAAUCCACUUCUAUUUUAUCAAUUUACAACCCAUUAUUUCAUUUCAUAAUGGUCAAUUAUUAAAAACGGUAUUGUAGCCUCCAUUCAAACCCAGUUCAACAGUGAAAUGUUGUUCGGUUUUACCUUUCCAUUUAUUUGGAUAGCUGUCGAUAUUUUAAUCAAAUGACCAAGUAGUAAAAAGAUUAAUAGUAUAUUACUAGAUAGUAGGUAAUAUUUAAAUCUAGUUCAAGACUUUCUUUCUGUUAUUGAUUAUCCUUUCAAAUAUUCCCUAUAACAUUAAUUAUCUGUAACGUAUGACUGAUAAAAUGCCAGUUACUCAACCAAAAACUGAAGGCCAAAAUUGAUUGAGAAGUUGGCCGAGUGUUGAAUGGAUUUGUCUAGAGCGGGUGGUGGUGGGAAUUAAGGUAGGCCUACUGUAGUAAUUAUUGAAUUGUACCACUUUCCAUUUUGCUUGUUAUGUAUGAAACUUAUUGUUUCUGUUCUUACGUUAGCCAUGAUUUAUCUGAGAAAAUUGCAUUUAUCGGCUAGAAUAUAGAAAUGUAUGUUAUGUAUGUUAUAGUUUCAACGUUAGUAGACUGUCUACUAACUUUGGUAUAGUUUAACCCGACAAACAUAUAUUUGAUUGUUUUGUUUUUGACAUCACUUUUACAGUCUUAUUCCUACUUAUCUCUUACUGAUAAUUUUAGAUGUGAAAAUUAUCUAAACUUUACUCUUAUUUAUUUAUCAUUUACAAUCUUCUAUUAUUUAGUGAUAGAAUGGAGAGGCGGAUUAUCGCAAGUAUCUGAUCUUCAUUGACUGAAUCAUUUCAACAUUUUUUUUUAAUUUUGAUUAUUGUACUCGUAUAUGAUUUGUUAUUAAUUUUCAUCAUAGUCUAUUAUUUACUACUUAAUAUUUUCCCAAGUUUUCAUAUAAAUUAAUUCCUGUAGUUUACCAAAAUCUUCCAUUUAAAUUCUAUUGCUAGGAUAUGAUUAUUACAAUUUUCUCUAAGAUAAUAAUUAUGGUGAGAACUGAUGCAUUUAAUAUCAGUUUGUCAUCAACUGAAAGUUGAAACUUUCGAAAAAAUACUAGUCAUAUUACUACUUAUCAGUUAUCUAUGAAUAACCUAAUUGAAUCACCAAGAUUUUGUGUUUAUAUACAAUUUGAUCUUAUUCCCCAGAUAUUUAAGAUCUAAGCCUUGUUACUCCAACCAAUAGCCUAUUUCCAGCCAAUCCACUCCAUUGUUAUUAGGAUAGUGAUAUUUAUUUUUGAAAGUAGUUGAACAUGUUAUUUUGUUGACUUUUAAAAAGUAACUCUACGAAUGUUGAGCUAUACAAAUGCAUUAUUAUAUGAUUGUUACUGAUUUGUGAUACUAAUUUUAGUUUUAAGAAACCAUUGCAUUUAUUUUACGCACAUUGACGUGGGACCUUAUUUUAAACAUAGGCUACAUUAUAUUAUUAUCAAUCAGACUGAUUUAUCAUUGUCAUAUAAUUCAGAUAUUCCAUUUCAGUAAGUUUAUAUCCUAUUAUACUGCUUAACCAUUUCUAGUUUUCUAAUUAUAGUUUUAUUUAUUUAUUUAAAUCACUUAGUAGAAUUAUUGUAGAAUAUUACUUUUCCCAGAUUGACUUGCGUUUGACUUGUCUAUAGUUGAGAGAUUUCUCGAGUAGUGUGUAGCCUACAGUAUUUUCCUGGCUUGGAAAUGGAAUGUUUUUUUGGCAGACAGCUUCUCUCUCAGUAGAUAUUGAAAAUGCAAUAAUCUCUUCUCUGUCCUCAAAAAAUGAAUGUUCAAUUCAAAGUUUAUAAAUAAGCAUGUACAAAUCUAUAACUUGAAUGUUAUGCACUGAUAUAUCCCAAUACUGCACUUGAGUCCCCAAGUAAACCCAUUAGUAUAAUUUUAGAGGUUCCUGAGGAACUUAAGUAAUAGUUCAUGCAUUUUAUAAAUAAGUAUAAACUAUAUAAAUAUUAUGCCAACUCUCUAUCCUGAUUCAUUCUUAGUGUACUUUUCUGUUGAAUUAAUUCCUAUUUUUGUAAUCUGCGAAUGGCCGGAUUGAUUAAUUGAAGAUUAGAACCUUCUGUAUUCUUUCUUCGUCUCUUACAAACACAUUUAUUUUCAAAUUUAGAAAUUCAUCCUUCUAUUUAUGACAUUCAAAAUUUGUGUUUCCAUUUCUCUUUAACCUUCCGGAAGUCGCGCCCUACUCAAUCACACGAGCAGUCGCUUCUUGUAAUUUUUAGAACAUCCUAAUUUCCAUGUGUUAUGUACCCUGUUUACUGUCAAAACAUAUUAAUUAAUUGUAUAAUUAAUAUUUCCAUCUCAUUGGAUUAUUUUACGCCUAUGAACUUUUGCAUGAUUACCUUUUCGUAGCCCAAUAAGGUACACCAAGCAAAGCCAACAAUUCUGUGUUAUUGGUUCGUUGGCAGUCUCUUUCCCUAUCAUAUACACUACUUAUGCACUGUCGCGACUAAAUGGCACCUAAAGACUGAACCAUUGCUCGGUUGAUACUGCAACUCAGUGGAGUGAUGGGGAGAAAGUUUUGGGAUGCAUAGUUGACUCAUUCACUGACACUAUCCCAUUCAAUAGUUUUGUACAGCAAAAAAACUGACACUGUUGUACUUUUUACAACAGCUCGACUGCCGGAAGGUUAAAAUACGAAUAGAAAAAUACGCAAUAAAUUAAGGUUUGGGAACUGUAAUUUGAUUAUUCUCAGGUACAUUGAACAUAAUUCUAUACCCAGACUAUCAUAAUUUGAUCCAAUUUAAUAUUGAAAAUAGUCUCAGGAACUAUAUAUACAAAUAAUCAAUUUUUAUCGUAGUUUAAAUAUUGAAUGUUUCGAUAACAAC